CGGACCGACCCGUGCCAGACCCGGUCCGUGGCCAUGGAGGGAGACACCGGAUCCGGGGUCCCGGCGCUGUCGGGCGGGGAUGCAGCGGGCGCGGGCCAGGGCCUGGGCCCGGCUGAUGAGGACCGGGACAUGGAGGGGGCCCCCGGCUGCUCGGGGUCGCGCUCCCACCCCUUCGAGUUCGAGCGGGGUCGCUCCUCAUCCAGCGGCGAUGAGGACGACGACGACGAAGACGACGAGGAAGAGGAGGUGGAAGAGGAGGAGGAGGAGAUGGAGAGCGACACCAGGGCUCGGUUCGGAACGGAUGAUGGGGAGCUCGACUCGGACGACGACCGGGAGCGUAUGAUAAACCUCGCAGAGCUGACUCCCUACAUCCUGUGUUCCAUCUGCAAAGGUUACUUUAUCGAUGCUACAACUAUUACAGAAUGUCUGCACACCUUUUGUAAAAGCUGCAUCGUGAGACACUUCUACUAUAGCAACAGAUGCCCAAAGUGCAAUAUUGUUGUACAUCAGACACAGCCCCUCUAUAAUAUCAGACUGGACCGACAACUGCAAGAUAUAGUCUACAAAUUAGUUGUCAAUCUGGAGGAAAGAGAGAAAAAACAAAUGCAUGACUUCUACAAAGAAAGAGGAUUAGAAGUACCCAAACCAGCUGUCCCACAGCCAGUUCCACCGAGCAGAGGAAGACCCCGAAAGGUUCUGGGUUCAGUGUUCCAGAUCCCACCAGAACUUGACAUUUCCAUACUUCUGGAGUUUAUUGGAGCAAAUGAAGGCACAGGGAAUUUUAAGCCUUUGGAAAAGAAGUUUGUGCGUGUUUCUGGGGAGGCAACAAUUGGACAUGUGGAGAAAUUCCUCAGAAGAAAAAUGGAUCUAGACCCUGCUUGUCAGGUGGAUAUAAUCUGUGGUGAUCACCUGCUGGAGCACUACCAGACACUGAGGGAAAUCCGUCAGGUCAUAGGAGACAGUGCAGUACAGGAUGGUCUACUUGUACUGCACUACGGCCUGGUGGUGUCUCCACUAACUUAAAGGUGUCUGGAAUAUCAGAAGGCAAAAGAUUCUGAAGUCCUGGAGCUUCUUCAGUGCUGUUUCUCACCAAAGAAGCCGUCGCGUUUCCUGUGGCAGGAAGCGAGUGAAAGGAACCACCACUCACUGCUGUGUGCUUGUAAUGUAACCUCUGACUUCACCACUGCAAAAACUUGCAGCUUCUCUAAGUACAGCUGUAGAUGUUGCUAUGCUUCAUGUUACUGAUUACUGUCUUCAAAUUUCACUCAGCUCAGGGAAAUUAAAUGCUCCAAGUAGCUAAUUUUUUUUUUACUUUCUAAAACCACAAGAUUUCACAGGGUGAACAGCCUUUUUUUCCUCUAAGCUCUGAGAUUUCUCUGGCUGUCUAAGUGUCUAGCUAGAACAGUGCUCUCAGGGAUGGUCUUCAAUGAGCAGUAUAGUUUGUUUUGGGGAAGAGACAGUCAUUUGCCUAAAAAAAAUAUACUGUGAUCAUCUGCCUUUGGAUGUGAUUUGGGGAGAGGAAGGAAACUUCAGAAAUGCAGACCAAAAUAGGUAGAAAAUAAUGCAGCAUAAGCAUUGUUUUUUGAGAAGUAGCAUUAAAUUUGUUGUUUUUCUUGAAGAAAGACAAUUUUGUUUGCACUGGAAAUAUAUUUGCUGGUAGUUUGGCUUAUACCAAAUGGUGGAUCAUGCGUCUCCAGUCUGAAUGGAGAUGAGCUGGCUGUAAGCUGGUUAAACUAUGCAUGGAAAAAAAAAAUAAAAGUAGCACCUCUUUCUACCUGCUUGCUGUAUAUAAAGUAAUCACUGUCAAUCUGCUAUCAUGUAAAAUCUGUCAACUGAUUUGACUGUCAGACACAUAAAUCCAUUCACUUUAGCACAUACCUCUCCAGCAGCUGUGAAAAUGGUCACUUUUCCCACUCUUUCUAAGGUGUUUUAGUGCAUUGUAGUGGAGAUCAGGGUUAAGUAAUGUAAUACCUGCCUGUUACUACCAGAUUCACAGAGGACAUUAGGUGACUUUAAUUUUAACAUGUUAAAAUUAGGUUUGGUGACACCUGUAACACUUCGAAUUUUCUUCUGUGUGAAGAAGCAUUUGUGCAACAUUAAGGACCAGAGGGCUCUGUGUGUUAUGCUCAUGCUGCAUAGUGGUUCAUCAGUGUGGGGAUUCAUGAAAGCUUCCAUUGGGCACCAGGCUCCUUCCCUCUCCUACAGUCAGUGCAGGGAAAGGGAAGAGAUUCCUUUGUAAGGCAUUUCAGAGCACCUAAGUUACAGCACCAUAGAAGUGUUAGGGUUGGACAGCCCUCAUCCAGUCCAGCCUCCCUGCCAAGGCAGGGUCACCCAGAGCAGGAGACACAGGAAUGUGUCCAGGUGGGUUUGCAAUGUCUCUAGAGAGGGAGACUCCACACCCUCCUUGGGC